AUGUCGAACCUCAACUCGUGGGAAGAUGACCCCAGCGCCCAGCAGGACGAGAACCUCGCUCGUCAGGCCCAGCAGCAGCUCAACGUGAAUCCCGCCGCUCAGGCCCAGCAGGGAGGCUUCCGCCCCGGUGGCGGCAUCCCGUCCUUCGUGCCUGGAGCGCAGUCGUUCCAACCCGGCGCUCAAUCCUUCCAGCCGGGACAAGCCUAUGGCGGCGGCUUCGUUCCCCAGUACCAGCAGCAGCAGCAGCAGCAGCAGCAGCAGCACUAUCAGCAGGGCUACUACCCUCAAUACGGCGCUCAGCAGGGCUACAACAACCAAUACGCCCAGUACGGCGGCUACAACCAGGGAUACGGCGGCGGUUACCCUCAGUACGGCCAGCAGCAGCAGCAGCAGCAACCCGUCCCACAGCAGCAGCCUGCAGCGGCAGCGGCUCCCGCGGCGGCCCCCUCGGCCCCCAAGGCUCAGACCACCGGCGGCACAAAGGUGCUCAGCAUCGGCAGCGAUGGCUCGGCGUCCAAGCCCACGACUACGACCACGAAGGAGGGCGGCACCAAGGUUCUGAGCAUCGGCGGCGACACGCCGGGACCCAAGGCCAAGGUCAAGACUCUCUCUAUCGGCGGAGCCACGCCUGCGCCGGCGGCGUCCAAGGAGGAGGCCAAGCCGGAGCCGACAAACGCGCCCGAGGCCGGGCAGAAGACGACGGCGGCCAAGGCCAUCAAGAAGACGGGCGAGAAGACGACCAAGGCGGCGGCGUCGAGUGGCAAGACCUCGCCGACGUCUUCGGGCCGGUCGAGCCCGGUGCCGGACGCCAAGAAGGCGCAGCGCGACGCCGACGCCGUGACCAAGGAGCAGGCGGCCGACGUGGACGAGGACACCCUCAAGGAGAUCUACGGCAAGGAGCACGUCAACAUCAUCUUCAUCGGGCACGUCGACGCCGGAAAGUCGACGCUGGGCGGAUCGAUCCUGUGGACGACGGGCAUGGUGGACGAGCGUACGAUGGACAAGUACAAGAAGGAAGCCAAGGACCUGGGCCGCGAGUCGUGGUACCUGUCUUGGGUCAUGGACCUCACCAAGGAGGAGCGUACCAAGGGCAAGACGGUCGAGGUGGGCAGGGGCUUCUUCGAGACGGAGAAGCGCAGAUACAGCAUCCUGGACGCCCCCGGCCACAAGACAUACGUGCCCAGCAUGAUUGGCGGAGCGUCGCAGGCGGACGUGGGCAUCCUGGUCAUCUCGGCGCGCAAGGGCGAGUACGAGACGGGAUUCGAGAAGGGCGGACAGACGCGCGAGCACGCCAUGCUGGCCAAGACGCAGGGUGUCAACAAGCUCGUCGUCGUCAUCAACAAGAUGGACGACACGACGGUGGAAUGGUCGGAGGAACGGUACAAGGAGUGCACGACGAAGCUGCAGAGCUUCCUCAAGGGGACGGGCUACAACCUCAAGACGGACGUCUUCUUCAUGCCGGUGGCGGCGCAGUCGAUGCUCAACAUCAAGGACCGGCUGCCCAAGGGCACGGCGCCCUGGUGGAACGGUCCGUCGCUGCUCGAAUACCUGGACAACAUGAAGGCUCUGGAGCGCAAGGUGAACGCGCCCUUCAUGAUGCCGGUCAACUCCAAGUACCGCGACCUGGGCACCAUGAUUGACGGCAAGGUCGAGGCCGGCGUGGUGCGCAAGGGCAUGUCGCUGACCAUGAUGCCGCGCAAGACCAACAUCGAGGUGAGCGCCGUAUAUGGUGAGCAGGAGGACGAGAUCGCCAUCGCGCAGUGCGGCGACCAGGUGCGGCUGAGGCUCAAGGGUGUGGAGGAGGAGGACGUGCUGCCGGGAUUCGUGCUGUGCUCGCCCAAGCGCCUGGUGCACUGCGUGUCCGAGUUUGAGGCGCAGAUCCGCAUCCUCGAGCUCAAGAGCAUCCUGACGUCGGGCUUCAACUGCGUCCUCCACGUCCACGCCGCCAUCGAGGAGGUGACGUUUUCGGCCCUGCUGCACAAGUUGCAGAAGGGCACGGGCCGCAAGAGCAAGGUGCCGCCCACGCACGCCAAGAAGGGAGACAGCAUCAUUGCUCGUCUGCAGGUCAUCGGUGCCGCUGGGCAGGUGUGCGUCGAGAGGUUUGAGGAUUAUGCUCAGAUGGGUCGAUUUACUCUUCGUGACCAGGUCAUCGGUGCCGCUGGGCAGGUGUGCGUCGAGAGGUUUGAGGAUUAUGCUCAGAUGGGUCGAUUUACUCUUCGUGACCAGGGUCAAACCAUUGCUAUCGGGAAGAUUACCAAGCUCAUUACCGAACCCUAA